AUGUCCGAAUUCCCAUCCCAUCGAGAAGGACACGCGAGCGCUCUCGUCGGAAAGAUGGAUGGCGUCGUUAGGAAAGCCAGUAGUGUUGUCACAGGUAAUACAUCCUACAGCGCAAAUACAGAUUCGGUCGAUGAAGAACCUCCGAUAGCAAGAAAGGAGAAUGAGCCGGAUAAGCGUAGUUUGGACUAUGUCAUUCGCUCAGGUAUUGCUGGAGGUCUUGCAGGGUGUGCUGCUAAGACGACAGUCGCUCCGCUCGACCGGGUCAAGAUCCUCUUCCAAACGAGUAAUCCACAAUUCGCGAAAUAUCAAGGCUCCUGGGCUGGGUUUGGAAUAGCCAUUCGCGACAUUUACGCUCGCGAUGGAGUGUUUGGCUUAUUUCGCGGUCACUCCGCCACUCUCUUGAAGAUCUACCCCUACGCUGCCAUAAAAUUCGUCGCUUACGAACAAUACCGCGCCCUUAUCAUCGGCUCGAACCGACAGAACGAAACAUGGAUACGGCGAUUCUCAACCGGUGCACUAGCCGGUGUGACGUCCGUAUUCGUUACAUACCCAUUGGAGGUCAUUCGCGUGCGAUUAGCGUUCGAGACAAAGCAUAGGAGCUCGUCCCUUGCCGAUAUCUGCAAAAAGAUCUAUCAUGAACAACCUUUGCCAAAAUCACCCCUUGCGCCCGCUCAGUCGGGAUCGGGCGUCACGGGAGCUGUUGCUGAGGCUGCGACAUCUACUGCGCAGGCGGUAACGCCCCGAUCUGGGCUUAUCAAUUUCUACAGAGGGUUUUCUACAACUAUACUGGGUAUGAUACCGUACGCUGGUAUAUCCUUCCUAACGCACGACACCGCCGGGGAUAUAUUCCGCCUACCAUCGAUUCGAAAAUAUACUACUCUACCCAAACCUGUCGGUUCACCCUCCGACAAGCCCGAGCCUCUCCGCGCGUGGGCGGAACUUAUUGCCGGAGGAAUCUCGGGUGCCGUAUCACAAACAGUGUCUUAUCCAUUAGAGGUAAUAAGGCGACGAAUGCAAGUCAGUGGCGCAGUCGGAGAUGGUCACCGCCUGCGAAUAGGGGAAACGGCAGGCAUGAUAUUUAGAGAGCGCGGAAUCCCAGGGUUCUUCGUCGGGUUGUCAAUUGGCUACAUAAAAGUGGUGCCCUUAGCGGCAGUCAGUUUCUACACUUACGAACGGUUAAAGACAUUGUUUAGUAUUUAG